AUGAAAAGCAAAUUCAAAAAAGGAUCCAAAAAGGUGAAGAGUACAUUCUUUUUAGCUGCAUAUGCAUACACUGUCAAUGAGUUUGAGUACCACAUGAGAGAACUUGAUAAGAUUGAUAAGAGGCUACAACCUUACCUACAAGAGAUUGGAUAUCACAAAUGGGCAAGAGUUCAUUCACUAAACAACAGAUACUCCAUCAUGACAUCUAAUAUUGUAGAAUCUUUGAAUUCAGCAAUUCUAGCUAUAAGAGAGCUACCAAUUUGUACGAUGUUAGAAUGUUUUAGAGGAUUGGUGCACCCACCAACUCACACUUUGUACGAAGUUUGUGAUGAUGGAGAAAGAGCAAUAGUUGAUUUAACUUGGAUAACUUGUUCAUGCAACAGGUUUCAAAUGGAUCAAAUACCAUGUAAACAUGCAAUUGCUGUUUUGAAAGCAAAUAAUGAAGACCCUUAUCAAUAUUGUUCAGCAUAUUACAUGAAGGAAGCAAUGGUUGCUACUUAUGGGGAAGUUGUAUAUCCUAUUGGAAGCAAAGACAUGUGGGAAACACUUGAUGAAAUUAAAAAUUGGAAAGUAGACCCUCCAAAAGGAAGAGUAAGAGUAGGUAGAGCAAAGAAGAGAAGAUUCAAGCCUGGAUGA